CAUCUUGCAGAAGAUACAUAGUCUUUGUAGAAGUUUUGCUACACGCACACAGAUGUCAGCAGAGUUUCUCAAUCUGUCACUUUGCUAGGUGGAGUACGUUUGAUGGAGGAAGGGAAAACUGGAUACAGCUACCAUGACUUACUGACAACUCCUGUGACCCGACUUCAUCCGCUUAGCGUAUUGUUUCCACCUUUUGACCGUCAUACCUGUUAGCUGCUCUUUUCGUUACUUGACAACUGUGGAACAACACCCAUGCGCGUGUGUCAGAAGUUACCAUGCUAACCACCGUUAGCUGCUGCUGCUACUUCACGUAGCUAUGUUUUCUCUGCUAGACUUGAAACCGUCUGCCAGCUGAAAGAGCGGCUAAUUUAAUUGUAAGGCUACUUUUUUUUUUAAACUUACAAAGUCAGCGUCAUUUUUGACCAGUUUCUCCUUCUUUGAAAACGAAGCUAUCAAUCUGUCACAGAAAUGGGACUACACCCGCUGGAGUUCAGUGAGUGCUAUCUGGACAGCCCCAGCUUCAGGGAGAAAAUAAAGUCCCACGAAGCAGAGCUGGACAAAACUAACAGGUUUAUCAAAGAGCUGUACAAAGAUGGGAAGAACCUCAUCAAUGCAACAAAGCAGCUUGGGAUGGCGCAGCGAAAGUUCGCACAGUGCCUGGGAGAGUUUCAGUUUGAGUACAUCGGCGAUGCAAAGACAGAUGAUGAGAAAUGUAUCGAUGAAUCUUUGCAAGAGUUCUCCUCAUUCCUCAAGAACCUCGAAGACCAAAGAGAGCUGAUGAUGAGAAACAUCACAGAAACCUUAAUGAAACCUCUGGAGAAGUUCAGGAAAGACCAUCUUGGUACAGUAAGGGCGGAAAGAAAGAAGUAUGAGAAAGAAACGGAGAAGUACUACAGCUCUCUGGAAAAGCUUCUGAAUAUGUCAGCAAAAAAGAAAGAGCCACAGCUACAAGAGGCAGACGUCCAGGUGGAAACCAUGAGGCAGCACUUUCAGGAGGAGUCACUGGACUAUGUGUGCAAACUGCAGGAGAUUCAAGAGAGAAAGAAGUUUGAGUGUGUGGAGCCGAUGCUGGCCUUCUUUCAGACUGUCUUCACCUUUUAUCACCAGGGCUUUGAGCUCGCCAAGGACUUUGACCAUUAUAAAAGAGCACUUCAGAUCAAUAUUCAGAAUACAAGGAGUCGAUUUGAGGGCGCGCGGUCAGAGGUGUACGAGCUGAUGAAGAGGAUUAGGGAUGCACCUCAAGAAUACAGACAGACCAGCCCUAUCAGCUUUGAAGGCUACCUCUAUGUACAGGAAAAACGACCACCUCCUUUUGGCUCAAGUUGGGUCAAGCGCUACAGCACAUUUGUCAAAGAGCAGAAGAUCCUGCACAUGGUGACCUUCGACCACAGAUCUGGUGGCAAGAUCGGUGAGACGGAGUCUGUCACUCUCAAAUCCUGUCUCCGCAAAACGACAGACAUGUUGGACAGAAGGUUCUGCUUAGAACUCGACAUAACAGAUCGACCAGGCACGGUGCUAACAGUACAGGCUCUGUCAGAGGAUGACCACAAGUUUUGGAUGGAGGCCAUGGGUGGGAAGGAACCUUUUGGACACUAUCUUGGGAGGACUUGUAAAGAACGAGGAAUUGAUGCCCAGCUGGAUGAAGUGGGUUUGACUUUGAUGAAGAACUCAAUCAGCGCCAUAGAGACGAGAGGUAUUAAUGACCAAGGCCUGUACAGAGUUGUUGGGGUAAGCUCCAAGGUCCAGAAGCUCCUGUCCUUAAUGAUUGAUGAGACGAGCAACGAGGUGGAUCUGUCUACCAGCGAGGACUGGGACGUUAAGACGGUAACGAGUGCACUGAAGCUCUAUCUCAGGAGCCUUCCUGAGCCAUUGAUGACCUAUGGACUUUACAAAGAGUUUAUUAGCCUUGCAAAGGGCGGUAGUCCAGAGACUCGCAUCCAAGCCGUCCACUGCCUGGUCCACAAACUACCGGAAAGGAAUCGACAAGUCCUCGGGCUACUUAUGAAGCAUCUGGCCAAUGUGGCGGCUCACAGUAAACAGAAUCUGAUGACCGUGGCCAACCUGGGCGUGGUGUUUGGCCCCACAUUAAUGAGGCCACAGGAGGACACUGUCGCUGCCAUCAUGGAUCUUAAGUUCCAAAACAUUGUGGUGGAGAUCCUCAUCGAACAAAAUGAAAAGAUAUUUGCAGAUGCUCCAGAGUCAUGCCCUCUUUCACCUGCUGGCCCAGUAUUCUCUGCUCCCACAAGGCAGUCCAAGAAGCUGAGUCGACAGAGUCGGCCCCUGGCUGUCUACAACCCACAAGCCCUAGACAUUCAGAAUGCAGUAGGAGACGGGUCCAGCCUCGCCGCAGAAGAGACCUCAAUGGGCAGCAAUGAGUCUGUAUCGUCCCAAUCAUCGUCCGCCUCAGCCUCAGAGAUGUCUACAGAGAAGAGUGACCAUGUCCCACUUAGCACCAACCUCAGCUCGGGCAGCAACUCCAGGGACCCCAUAGCAGGAGCUUCGUGGCCCACUACCGCAGCCUCAGGAGAGAGCCAACCUGCUUCCGCCACUGCUGCCUCUGAAAAAGACAAUCCAGAGGAGAGUGUCACCAGCAGGAAAGCCAAGGCAGUGUACCCAUGUGAGGCUGAGCACGACUCUGAGCUCUCCUUCCAGGUCGGCGCAAUAUUCAACGCCGUGACCAAGUCAAGAGAGCCGGGCUGGCUGGAGGGCGAGCUGGAGGGAAAGAGAGGCCUCAUCCCUGAAAACUACGUGGAGUUGCUGUAGCCCCCGAAUGGAAAUAUUUAUGGACAAGUUAUCACCUUCACCGGGGAAAAAUAUGCAGACAUGCAUGUGCCUCACCAUAGAGCCUUGUUUAUCCAAAUCCCUGAAUUCUCUCAAGCAAGUGACGAUAUGUUAUUACCGGUGGACCGUUCUUGAUACACAAGUAUAUGCAUUGUUGGCUGGCAGGUAGACCUUUUGUGAUCCGUGUGUGCAAGAAUGUUUCUUUGUUUGAAUUUACUGUGGUCGAGUAUCUGCAUGGACUUUAGCAUUGUAAUUACAAAAAUGGGUUUGCACUUACAACAUUCAGCCUUAUACAAAGAUGCUGUAGCCUCUAACGAUCCAGGUAACUUCGUAGCAGCACCAGAGAGGGAGCGUCUCUCCGUCAAAGGCCUCGCGCUCUCUCCCCCAGUUAUACAUGGUAUCCAUGAGCUCCCCAAGUCUAAGAAUGAACUCAAGUCACUGUAAUCUGUUUUUGUUAAGACGUUUGUUUUUCCGCUUUAGAAACUCUUUGACAACGAUGCACAGUUUGUUUUCAGCUUUUAAAAGAUUAGAGAUGCUGUUCUUAUUGUGCCUUAAGCCAUCAGAACACCCGCUGUAAAUGUAUGUACGGGUCUGUAUGAACAUUAUUGGAGUGUUCCUGCUUUCACUUUUAAAAUGUUGCAUUUAUUUUCAUGUCGUUUUUAAGAAUAUUUGGAUAUUCAAAAUGAGGCACAUUGCUAUAGUAAUUUUAUUUUUAUUUAAUUGGCACAUUGAUUGCAUGACUUUUGAAUUUUAAAUACACUCUACUGUUGUAUUCUUGGUGCACUCCUUUACAGAAACAGUGAAGAGAUGAGCCUCUCGUUAAACACUAGCGUCAGAGAGCAGAGGUGAAUUGAAAUAGCUAGUUAAACCAAGUGUUUUUUUAUUUGUCAAAUGAUCCGUUUUGUUUGUUUUUAAAGCUUAUUUUAACGCCGCUCAGUUUUUCCUUUUGAGCAGAUAAAUGAGACACUCCAACAAAGUAAAAAAUAAAUGUUUAGCAUAAUUUUAUCUUCAACGUCAGUAGAAUAAAGUAAUACAAAAUCAAAGUUUUAUUAUUAAUUAGAGCACGAAAUGCAGUAUUUCAGAGUUUUACAUCCGUUCAGUGUAUAUAGCCUAACUAUUGAAAGAGUUAUAACUGCCAAGUAUGUUUCACAAGUCUCCGUUAGGUGAUGGACAGGUUUUCAUAUGAAUUUGGUCCCAUUACAAUUCAUCCCUCAGCUGUUCAACAAGACACUUUAAUUUUUCUGAGAGCUUUGGUUCAGCAGACUGUUUUCAAUUGCAAUAAUUUAAAACAUUGAUUUAUGACGUUUGUAAAGGGCCUUGACUUCUUUCAUUUUUGUACCUUUGGGUAUCCUGUUGAUCAAUGUUAAACAAAUAAAGAUUUUUUUUGUUCUGUA